CAGCCCCCGUCGCGUCCCCGCGGGCGGGUCCCCGGCCUCGGCCCGCACCCCGCGGCCUCACCGCCCCCGCCCCGUCCCCGCCUGCACUUCCGGAGCCGGCCGCACACGCCUCCGUGGAUGGUGUAGCGCCCUCGGGAAGCAUUUUUGAAACGUUGGGGUUACUGGAGUGGUUGGAUUUUCCCUGGAAUUGAGUGAGAAAUUCAGAAGACUGAAGCCCAGGCUUACAGUCUACCUUUCACGGAGGCCCAGCCGUGAGAGGACAGAAGAAGGCACGUGGCGAAUCAUGACAGCUGACAAAGACAAAGAUAAAGACAAAGAGAAGGACCGGGACCGAGACCGGGACCGAGAAAGAGAGAAAAGAGACAAAGCAAGAGAAAGUGAGAAUUCAAGGCCUCGCAGGAGCUGCACCUUGGAAGGAGGAGCCAAAAAUUAUGCGGAGAGUGAUCACAGUGAAGAUGAGGACAAUGACAACAACAGUGCCACCACAGAGGAGUCCACCAAGAAGAACAAGAAGAAACCACCCAAGAAAAAGUCUCGUUACGAACGGACGGACACUGGUGAGAUAACCUCGUACAUCACGGAAGACGACGUCGUCUACAGACCAGGAGACUGUGUGUAUAUCGAGAGUCGGAGGCCAAACACACCGUAUUUCAUCUGUAGCAUUCAAGACUUCAAACUGGUCCACAACUCCCAGGCCUGUUGCAGAUCUCCAACUCCUGCUUUGUGUGACCCCCCAGCAUGCUCUCUGCCGGUGGCAUCACAGCCACCACAACAUCUUUCUGAAGCCGGGAGAGGGCCUGUAGGGGCCUGUGAUGAGAAGGGAGAGGCUGCUAAGAAGAGUGACACUGCAAGCUGGGCGUGGUGGUGCACACCUGUAACCCCAGCACUUGGGAGGCUGAGGCGGGAGAAUCGCUGUGAGUUUGAGGCCAGCCUGAACUACAUAAGUAAGAGGGACCAUCUACUCAUGAACGUCAAAUGGUACUACCGUCAGUCUGAAGUCCCAGAUUCUGUGUACCAGCAUUUGGUUCAGGAUCGGCAUAAUGAAAAUGACUCUGGAAGGGAACUUGUCAUUACAGACCCAGUUAUCAAGAACCGAGAACUCUUCAUUUCUGACUAUGUUGACACGUACCAUGCUGCUGCCCUUAGAGGGAAGUGUAACAUCUCCCAUUUUUCUGACAUAUUUGCUGCUAGAGAAUUUAAAGCCCGAGUGGACUCAUUUUUCUACAUACUAGGCUACAACCCUGAGACAAGGAGGCUGAACAGUACUCAGGGGGAAAUUCGUGUUGGUCCUAGCCAUCAGGCCAAACUUCCAGAUUUGCAACCGUUUCCUUCUCCAGAUGGUGACACAGUGACCCAGCAUGAGGAGCUGGUUUGGAUGCCUGGAGUGAAUGACUGUGACCUCCUGAUGUACUUGAGGGCAGCAAGGAGCAUGGCAGCGUUUGCAGGGAUGUGCGACGGAGGCUCCACGGAGGACGGCUGUGUGGCUGCGUCUCGGGAUGACACCACCCUGAAUGCACUGAACACACUACAUGAGAGCAGUUAUGAUGCUGGCAAAGCCCUGCAGCGCCUGGUGAAGAAGCCUGUGCCCAAGUUGAUUGAGAAGUGCUGGACCGAAGAUGAAGUGAAGCGCUUCGUUAAGGGACUCCGGCAGUACGGAAAGAACUUCUUCAGAAUUAGAAAGGAGCUGCUUCCCAAUAAGGAGACAGGGGAGCUGAUCACCUUCUAUUACUACUGGAAGAAAACCCCAGAAGCAGCCAGUUCCCGAGCUCAUCGCCGACACCGCAGGCAGGCGGUGUUCAGGAGGAUUAAGACUCGAACUGCGUCCACACCAGUCAACACGCCCUCCAGACCCCCCUCCAGUGAAUUCCUGGACCUUAGUUCGGCCAGCGAAGAUGACUUUGACAGCGAAGACAGCGAGCAGGAGCUGAAGGGCUACGCCUGCCGCCACUGCUUCACCACCACCUCCAAAGACUGGCACCACGGGGGCCGGGAGAACAUCCUGCUCUGCACCGACUGCCGAAUCCACUUCAAGAAGUACGGUGAGCUGCCACCCAUCGAGAAGCCGGUGGACCCCCCGCCGUUCAUGUUCAAGCCCGUCAAGGAGGAGGACGAUGGGCUCAGUGGGAAGCAUAGCAUGAGGACACGGCGGAGUCGGGGCUCGAUGUCUACACUACGCAGCGGUCGAAAGAAGCAGCCUGCCAGCCCUGAUGGUCGCACCUCACCCACCAAUGAAGACAUUCGUUCCAGUGGCCGCAACUCGCCCAGUGCUGCCAGCACCUCCAGCAAUGACAGCAAAGCGGAAACAGUGAAGAAGUCCGCCAAGAAGGUGAAGGAGGAGGCCUCGUCCCCUCUCAAGAGCACCAAGCGCCAGCGGGAGAAGGUAGCCUCUGACACAGAGGAGACUGACAGGACCAGCUCCAAGAAGACAAAGACCCAGGAGGUCAGCCGGCCCAACUCGCCCUCCGAAGGGGAGGGUGAGAGCUCCGAUAGUCGCAGUGUCAAUGAGGAGGGCAGCAGUGACCCCAAAGACAUCGACCAGGACAAUCGCAGCACGUCCCCCAGCAUCCCCAGCCCUCGGGACAACGAGAGUGAUUCGGACUCAUCUGCUCAGCAGCAGCUGCUGCAGGCCCAGCCCCCGGCUCUGCAGGCUUCCCCUGCGGCUCCCCCAGGCACAGCCCAGCUCCCCACCCCAGGACCCCCACCCCCCACUACUGCGGUCCCUUCGCAAGGCUCCCCAGCAGCUGCACAGCCCCCAAAUCAGCCUCAGGCUCCCCCGGCACCAGCCACCCAUACCCACAUCCAGCAGGCACCUGCCCUGCACCCCCCACGGCUGCCCUCCCCACACGCCCCACCCCAGCCAUUGAGCGGGGCUGCUGGCCAGGCACCCACGGCCCACGCGCAGCCAUCCCUGCACAGCCAGGGUCCACCCGGCCCUCACAGCCUGCAGACUGGGUCACUGCUACAGCAGCACCCCGGUCCUCCUCAGCCCUUUGGCCUCCCUCCCCAGGCCUCCCAAGGACAGGCUCCCCUGGGAUCAGCCCCAGCCACAGCUCACCCACAUGCCACCCUGCAGCUCCCAGCCUCGCAGUCAGCGCUGCAGCCCCAGCAGCCCCCCAGGGAGCAGCCCCUGCCACCGGCACCCCUGGCCAUGCCUCAUAUCAAGCCCCCUCCCACCACACCCAUCCCCCAGCUCCCCGCACCGCAGGCCCACAAGCACCCGCCCCACCUCUCCGGGCCCUCACCCUUCUCCAUGAAUGCCAAUCUGCCACCCCCGCCGGCCCUGAAGCCCCUCAGCUCCCUGUCCACGCACCAUCCUCCCUCUGCCCACCCCCCACCCCUGCAGCUCAUGCCACAGAGCCAGCCCCUGCCCUCCUCCCCAGCCCAGCCCCCUGGGCUCACCCAGAGCCAGACUCUGCAGCCCCCUUCCUCUGCCCACCCCCCAGCCAGCCUCCACCAGGUGCCCCCGCAGUCCCCCUUCACCCAGCACCCCUUUGUCCCUGGGGGCCCCCCACCUAUCACACCCCCCACAUGCCCACCCACCUCCACCCCACCUGCAGGCCCCAGCACCUCUGCCCAGCCACCCUGCUCUGCCACCCUGCCUUCAGGGGGCAACACACCCGGAGCAGCUCCUUGCCCGCUCCCCACUGUCCAGAUCAAGGAGGAGGCUCUGGAUGAUACCGAGGAGCCCGAGAGCCCUCCUCCCCCACCAAGGAGCCCGUCCCCUGAGCCCACCGUGGUGGACACCCCCAGCCACGCCAGCCAGUCGGCCAGGUUCUACAAACACCUGGACCGCGGCUACAACUCAUGUGCGCGGACAGAUCUGUACUUCAUGCCCCUAGCCGGGUCCAAGCUGGCCAAGAAGAGGGAGGAGGCUGUUGAGAAGGCCAAACGGGAGGCAGAGCAGAGAGCCCGCGAGGAGCGGGAGCGCGAGAAGGAGAAGGAGAAGGAGCGCGAGCGGGAGCGCGAGCGGGAGCGGGAAGCCGAGCGCGCGGCCCAGAAAGCAUCUAACUCUGCGCAUGAAGGCCGCCUGAGUGACCCCCAGCUCAGUGGUCCUAGCCACAUGCGGCCCUCUUUCGAGCCACCUCCGACCACCAUCGCCGCUGUGCCCCCUUACAUCGGGCCCGACACCCCUGCUCUGCGGACACUGAGCGAGUAUGCUCGGCCCCACGUCAUGUCUCCCACCAACCGCAAUCACCCUUUCUACAUGCCCCUGAACCCCACUGACCCCCUGCUGGCCUACCACAUGCCUGGCCUCUACAACGUGGACCCCGCCAUCCGGGAGAGGGAGCUCCGGGAGCGGGAGAUCCGCGAGCGCGAGAUCCGGGAGCGCGAGCUGCGGGAACGCAUGAAGCCAGGCUUCGAGGUGAAGCCCCCGGAGCUGGACCCCCUGCACCCGGCCACCAACCCCAUGGAGCACUUCGCGCGGCACAGUGCCCUCACCAUCCCCCCCUCGGCCGGCCCUCACCCAUUUGCCUCCUUCCACCCGGGCCUGAACCCCCUGGAGCGGGAGAGACUGGCCUUGGCGGGCCCCCAGCUGCGACCCGAGAUGAGCUACCCCGACAGACUGGCUGCCGAGCGUAUCCACGCCGAGCGCAUGGCGUCGCUCACCAGCGACCCCCUGGCCCGGCUGCAGAUGUUCAACGUGACCCCGCACCACCACCAGCACUCCCACAUCCACUCCCACCUCCACCUCCACCAGCAGGACCCCCUGCACCAAGGCUCAGCAGGCCCGGUUCACCCCCUGGUUGACCCUCUGACUGCCGGCCCCCACCUGGCUCGCUUCCCUUACCCACCUGGCACCCUCCCCAGCCCUCUGCUGGGUCAGCCCCCCCACGAGCACGAGAUGCUGCGUCACCCCGUCUUCGGAACCCCCUACCCCCGAGACCUGCCGGGGGCCAUCCCGCCCCCCAUGUCAGCAGCCCACCAGCUGCAGGCCAUGCAUGCCCAGUCGGCUGAGCUGCAGAGACUGGCCAUGGAGCAGCAGUGGCUGCACGGACACCCCCACAUGCACGGUGGCCACCUACCGAGUCAGGAGGAUUAUUACAGUCGACUGAAGAAAGAAGGGGACAAGCAGUUAUAAGUUAUUUAUUUGUUAAUGCUGGCUGUGGAAACCCCAAUUCUUGGGGGGAGAAGCAGGACUUUUUACAUACAGUAGGAGCGACAAAAGCAAAAGACGUAUCUUCUAAAGAUUUCUUUAUAUAUUUAAAAACCCCACAACAGAAAUGUAUCACAUACUAGUGUUCGUUUGUCGAGAGGCUUUCCUGAGACUGGUGUGGGUCUCCCUGCAUGACAGUCCCCCAGAAACGUAGUGAGUCCGGACAUCCGACCCCUGUGCGCGGCCACUGCCCUGCUCCCCAGCGCCCCCUGGUGCUAGAGCCUGUGCGCAGCGCGGACGCGCUGGGGCCUGUGGGCUCUGACCGCGGGUUUGCAGAUGGGCAGUGUAGGAGUUUGCAAUCCAAGAGCUAUAAUUUUUAAAAGAAUCUUUUAUUUUAAUACAUUGUAGGAAAUCUUCAUAAUUUGGGAAAGUUCUGCAGCAUGGCUUUCUAUGUCUGUAAAUAAAUAAUUUUAGAACAACCCUCUUUUCCUUCCACAAACUACUGUUCUAUUUUUUCCAGCCAUGCCACUAAUUAUGAAUUCCUACCAGCUAUCGACAGAAUGCAGAGUUGAUUUUUUAAUAAAAAGUUAUAUAUAAUUAUCCCUUUAAUUAAAGGGAGCCGAUGGGUGUUACUAGUUACACACCGACCGGCAGGAGCUCGGGACCAGGUCGGUCACAGCAGGAGCACGGGGCUGGCAGGGCGGCGCUGGGAGCCCUGACUGCCGCUCGGCUGUUCGGCUGGCCGCCUGCCCCGUGCCUCUCCCACUGUACACGGUGUACAGGAGUCCAGUGUGUGCUGUCUAGCCGCUGCUGCCUGCCUGUCCUGUCCUGUGGGGUGGAGGCGCAUGUGUGCAUGUGUCUGAUGGUAGAUGUCCUUAGAGACUUCAGUGCACACAUGUGUGAUUGUUCUGGAUAAAUUGCCUUUUUAAUACUCUGAAAUUUCCAUAAACAAUCAAGAAAUUUCAAAAAAAUGAUUCCAUACAGAUAGUGCAGGAAAGACCCAGGACAUGACGCUUGCCAAAGGAUCAGAAAGCAGCCUGCCCGAGUGUGUGGCCACAGACAGAGGCCGUGACCCUUGGCCAGUCCAGACUCAGUGAGCACUGGCCCGGGAAGCCACUGGAGCCCCUCUGCGGUGGCACGGGUGUCCAGACAGGCGCCUGUGGGUGAGGCAGGCUGGGCAGGGGUGGGGGGCAGGUCACCCUGGCCGGCGGCUGACCUGCAGCCCACACUCUGGCUUUCUAGCAGGACCGUGUCGGUUUCGGUUGGGACAGAUAGGAUUGUUCGGUUUGUUGAAAAUGUUUGUAGUUUGGUUUCUGUUGUUUUCCUCUCACUCCAUUUCUGCCUUAACCUUGGUUCCUGCGGGGGGCAGGGGCGAAGGGCGAGGUCGGAGGCACUGGCCGAGGCUCCCAGUGGGUGUGGGCGCAGGCUGGCUGGCGGGGCUGGGCACUGUGCCCAGGCUGAGGCUGGCUCUGCCCACGGGUGCCCCUUUCCUCUCCCCUCUCGGUGGAACAACGUCCACUGUUCAGUCGGAACUGGCUCUCCUCUGUCUCCCUUUUUGCAAAGAAGAGGAAGGUACAGACUUGGAGUCUGUACUUGAAAGCCUUGCAUCUAGGGUUCUGCACCCUGCACCCGCCGUGAUGCCACUGCCUGUUUCCCUUUGCUCUUCCUCCCCCUUCCGUCUGUCUGUCCAUCUGAAGUUCAGUUUGCUUUCUGUGUUUGUAUGCGUCUGGCUCCACCGUCGCCCAGGUCAAGCUCCCUUUGUCAUGGCGGCAGAGCGGCGCCCGUUCUGAUUUGCUACGUUUCUAUCUAUCUAUCUCGAAGCUAAGUGUAUAUACGAGUAGUUCGCCAUGCGGUGACACAGUGUAAACAGUAGACACCCAGAAAUCGUGACUUCUGUGUUCUCUCCAUUUGAGUAUUUUGUAAUUUUUUUGAAAUAUUUGUGGACAUUAAUAAAACCAAGCUACACUACUA